AUGGUAUCACAGUCUCGAGGCGCCCACGUGUUGGUCUGGGAGCAGCCCGGUCUGGAAGACCAGCGGCCAAAGGGCUACAGUGGUGGUCUCGGCACUCGACACUGGGUGACGUUCAUGCUCUUCCUGGGCAUGGCGAAUGCGUACGUCAUGAGGACCAAUAUGUCUGUCGCCAUCGUGGCAAUGGUCAACCACACCGCCCUGCCAGUCGACAAAGAAGCAGUUGACACAGAGUGUGGUAGUGUGGACCCUAAUAAAACUGUUGAUACCUCUUCCCAAGAUGGCUCAUUUGUGUGGAGUUCAACGCUACAGGGAUACAUUCUUUCGUCUUUUUUCUACGGCUACGUUAUCACGCAAAUUCCUUUCGGCAUCCUCUCUAAAAGGUAUGGCGCUCGGCUCUUUCUCGGCGUGGGCAUGUUGAUCAAUUCAGUAUUCGCAUUUUUGGUGCCCCUAGCCGCUGAGGCUGGUUACGAGUGGCUCAUAUUAGUGCGUUUCAUACAGGGUUUAGGGGAGGGACCAAUCGUGCCGUGUUCUCAUGCUAUGUUGGCAAAAUGGAUCCCACCGAACGAGAGAAGUCGGAUGGGAGCAGCUGUAUAUGCCGGAGCACAGUUCGGCACAGUAAUAUCCAUGCCACUUUCGGGUCUGCUGUCCGCAUACGGCUUUUCUGGUGGUUGGCCGUCCAUCUUUUACGUGUUCGGUCUGAUUGGCACAAUAUGGUGCCUUGCCUUCUUGUUCUUCGUCUCCGAGGAUCCUGAAUCAUGUCCUAGCAUCAAGGAGACCGAGAAGAAGUACAUACUUAACUCGUUGUGGGGUGCCGCUGGAUCAAGCUCGCCACCGAUCCCGUGGAGCAAGAUCCUGCUGUCGAUGCCGUUCUGGGCCAUCAUGUUGGCGCACAUGGGACAGAACUACGGCUACGAGACUCUCAUGACCCAGUUGCCGACCUUCAUGAAACAAGUCCUGCAUUUCUCGAUAAAGGACAACGGCUUCGUGUCCGCCCUGCCGUAUCUGUGCAUGUGGUUAUUCUCCAUGUUCAUCUCAGUGGUUGCUGAUUGGAUGCUGUCCAGCGGUCGUUUCAAUCACACGCAAGUCAGGAAGAUUGUCAACAGUAUCGGUGAAUACGGUCCAGCUAUCGGUCUGUUCAUCGCCGCUAACACGGGGUGCAACGCGGCCGCGACGGUCGCCAUCUUGGCGAUUGGUGUCGGUCUCAACGGUGGCAUCUACUCUGGAUUUAAGGUCAACCAUUUGGAUAUCUCACCACGCUUCGCUGGAAUCCUGAUGGCAUUCACGAACUGCUUGGCGAACUUAACCGGUCUUCUAGCGCCCAUCGUCGCUGGAUACAUUAUUGAGGGGAGGCCGACGCAAGCGCAAUGGAGGAUAGUGUUUUACAUCGCGGGCGGUGUUUACAUUGUCUGUGGAACGAUCUACAACAUAUUCGGCUCAGGCCGUAGACAAGAAUGGGACAACCCGGCAGAAGACGAAGCGUUAGCGAAGAAGGCGGCCGCGAAAAAAGCAGAGAAAGUCCAGAGAAAAGCAGUAAACAAUCAGAACGAAGCGGAAACAGCACAAUAA